AAAGUUUGGGAGUGGAGACUUGCGUUGCGUGUCGUUUCAUCUCUGCCUUUCCCCCCUUUUUCCCGUCUUUCUUCAUCUUACGUCAGUCGGAACUUUACGGCGAAUCAGUCUGAGAUCCUUGUGAUCUGUCUCCGGGAAGUUUCAUUUGGAUUUCGGCCACCCUAGCCUUCGAUCUCUCUGCUUUCUUCACCUACAAUGAAUCCCGAGUAUGACUAUCUGUUCAAGCUACUGCUUAUUGGAGAUUCAGGUGUUGGAAAAUCUUGUCUGCUUUUGAGAUUUGCUGAUGAUUCAUACGUAGAAAGUUACAUAAGCACCAUUGGGGUUGAUUUUAAAAUACGCACUGUGGAGCAGGAUGGGAAGACUAUUAAACUUCAAAUUUGGGACACUGCUGGACAAGAACGAUUUAGGACAAUCACUAGCAGCUACUACCGUGGGGCUCAUGGCAUAAUAAUUGUUUAUGAUGUGACAGACCAAGAAAGCUUCAAUAAUGUCAAGCAAUGGCUGAGUGAAAUUGAUCGCUAUGCUAGUGACAAUGUUAACAAACUACUGGUUGGAAACAAGUGUGAUCUUACAGCAAAUAAAGUUGUGUCAUACGAAGCAGGCAAGGCACUUGCAGAUGAAGUUGGCAUACCUUUUAUGGAAACUAGUGCAAAAGAUGCCAGUAAUGUGGAACAGGCUUUCAUGGCCAUGGCUGUUUCCAUCAAGGACAGAAUGGCUAGCCAACCAGCCAUGAACAAUGCAAGGCCUCCGACGGUGCAGAUCCAAGGACAGCCAGUUGAACAGAAGAGUGGCUGCUGCUCUUCAUAAAGAGCCUCUUCAGUAUGGUGCAACCGGUGGCGGCACGGUGUGUAAGAUUCAAGUGGUUCUUAACUCGUCCGUUGCAAAACCUUAUUUCAUGUUGGACAAGACUUCAUAAGUAGGGGACAUAAUGAUUUCUCUCAUUUCCGCUCACUUAUUAAUGUGAAGGGUUUGUACAAUGUAUGAUUGUUUGUUUGUUGAUUAAAUAACAACUAGUGUUUAUUCUCAA